CAACAAUCCACUGUAAUCCGGACGCGUGCAGGUAAGUAUCCAGUAGAAGACGUUUUUGGACUUCACGGCACGGAGGCACUGGAAAAUUCGAAGCAUGUUUUAUCACAUAUCCCUGGAACAUGAAAUCCUACUUCAUCCGAGGUACUUUGGACCGCAACUUUUGGAAACAGUGAAACAGAAACUGUUCACUGAGGUCGAAGGAACUUGCACUGGCAAGUACGGUUUUGUCAUAGCAGUGACAACCAUCGACAACAUUGGGGCUGGUCUGAUCCAACCCGGACGGGGCUUUGUUGUGUACCCUGUCAAAUAUAAGGCUAUAGUGUUCCGACCAUUCAAGGGAGAAGUUCUAGAUGCUAUAGUGACGCAAGUAAACAAGGUUGGGCUUUUCACUGAGAUUGGGCCAUUGUCUUGCUUCAUCUCAAGACACUCUAUUCCUUCGGAUAUGCAGUUCGACCCCAAUUCGAACCCACCAUGCUACAGGACUCAGGAUGAGGAUGUUGUUAUACAGCAGGACGACGAAAUACGAUUGAAGAUCGUGGGUACGAGAGUAGAUGCGUCUGACAUAUUUGCUAUUGGAACACUUAUGGACGACUAUCUAGGUCUCAGCUGAAAGAGAAGCAAGUGUACAAUCAUCACAUGUCAUUGUAUAUGCCAUAUUGCUGUAUUUCCUUUUGUGCAUAGUAAACUGUUGGUGUAUAAAUGUA